GCUAUACAUUGUCCUCCAGAUCAUAUACUAUUGUAGUAGCAGUGUUUCAGGCUGUGCAGACGCCCUCUAGCUGCAUACUUCAGAGAUGCAGCCUCGCAGGGUUUUCAGUCCUCGCUGUAGCUCGCCUUUCAUGUCUUGUUCUGCUUGUAUGUGCAGACGCAGCCAAUCUCUUCCUCAUGACGCCACCGAGGCUGGGCUCAGCGGGCUUCCAUCAUAAUAUUUAACACACACCCACCCUAGAUGAGCACUUGGAAGGAAGACAAGGCAGCGUGAAGGGGGAAACAAAUGACAACCGGGAUCCCUGCACCUGCCGGCCAGUCUCUCAUUUGACUCAACGAGGCUCGAAGCGGGACAGACAGCAUCCGAGCAUCUCUGCGGAUCACCUGUUAUUUUUAUGGAAUUUCCACCACACUCUUCAGGCAUCGGUUCAUCCUGAGCACUGAUAAGGCUGUGUUUGUGGACUACAUCCGUGUUUCUUGUUACUUUUUGCCCCUGAAGAUGGCACAUAUGACAUCUCACUUCGUGCGUGUUCAAGUAGGUCUGAGGAAGAAUAUAAGCGCUUUUUAACAGGACACCCCUCUCCUCCCUCCUUCCUGUUAACGAUUUAUUUAGUGCUCAGUCCUCCUGACACUGUAUCCUAUUCAACAAGGCAAUGAAUGAAUGAAGAGCACUGCUUGAGCCGCUGCCAGGGAAGUGUCCACAAUUUGUCGGUCCGUCCACCUGCCUGGGAAUGAAGAACUGGGACUAUUUUAGGGAAGAAUAACGACAGAUAAUCAUGGAAUUUUUCAACCUAGGUUGAUACGCAUAACGUGCGCAAUGAUCACAGUAAAUCUUCAAAUUAACAUCCCUGCUUUGUCAUCACAUAACACUGCUGGACAUCAAUGUCGGUGGCAUAAGGUGCGCUGCGCUUAAAGCUAACUGUGUCACUGAGAAAAGAGAUGAUAAAGAUGAUAUUGUUUCGUAAAUUCCGGGUGUUGAUAUUGAUGGUGUUUCUGGUGGCGUGCACCAUGCACAUCAUGAUAGACUUGUUACCGAAGCUAGAGAAGCGAGCGGCGGGAGCGGAGAACGGGGACGGCGGCUGCCAAUGCGCUCGCCACCCGGGCGGGGAGGCGCAAGGCUGGGGGAAGCAGCGUGCCAGGUCGGCGGCUGAAGCGGGUUGGCCUAACAAGCACACGCUGAGGAUCCUGCAGGAUUUCAGCAACGAGCCCAACUCCAACCUCACAUCACAUUCCCUGGAAAAGAACACAGCAGCGGAGUCCCUCCGGCGGGCGGGACUGUCGGUGGGGAAGGCGGGGGACCACAAGCCGCUCAUCGGAGACGCGAGCGGGAGUAGGACCAUCCCAGCCCACGGUUUCUCUAGACUCUCAGCUCUGUUUGAGCAUCCUUUAUAUAAGGUUGACCUCCCUUCUCUCACAGACGAUGACACUUUGUUUAAUGUCAACACAGACAUCAGGUUUUAUCCCAGAGCAACAGGGAACCAAGGAUGGCACAAUGAAGAAGGGAAUGAAGAGGAGGAGGAGUUUUCUCCAACAGGAGAGGUGACAGCAGAAUCAUACCCCAACUGGUUACGCUUCCACAUCGGCAUCAACCGCUACGAGCUGUACUCGAGACACAGUCCUGUGCUGGAAGCUUUACUGAAGGACCUAAUCAUACAGCGGAUCACCAGUGUGGCCAUGAAAUCAGGAGGCACCCAACUGAAGUUGAUCAUGACUUUCCAGAACUAUGGACAAGCGCUGUUCAAACCAAUGAAGCAGACCCGGGAGCAGGAAACCCCUCCAGACUUCUUCUACUUCUCUGACUUUGAGAGACACAACGCUGAGAUUGCGGCUUUUCACUUGGACAGGAUCCUCGACUUCCGCAGGGUGCCCCCGGUGGCGGGAAGACUUGUCAACAUGACGAGGGAGAUCAGAGACGUGACACGGGAUAAAAAGCUGUGGAGGACCUUCUUUAUCUCACCAGCUAACAACGUCUGCUUCUAUGGCGAGUGCUCCUACUACUGCUCCACAGAGCAUGCCCUCUGUGGUAAACCAGACCAGAUCGAAGGCUCGCUCGCAGCCUUCCUGCCCGACCUGAACCUCGCCAAACGCAAGACAUGGAGGAACCCCUGGAGACGCUCCUACCACAAACGCAAGAAAGCAGAAUGGGAGGUUGACCAGGAUUACUGCGAUGAGGUCAAACAGACUCCUCCUUAUGACCGAGGCACCCGGCUGCUGGACGUCAUGGAUAUGACCGUCUUUGACUUCUUGAUGGGUAACAUGGAUCGACAUCAUUAUGAAACUUUUGAGAAAUUCGGAAAUGACACCUUCAUUAUUCACCUGGACAACGGAAGAGGGUUUGGGAAACACUCCCAUGAUGAGCUGUCCAUCCUGGUGCCUCUCAGCCAGUGCUGCAGAGUGAGGAAAUCGACCUACUUGCGCCUCCAGCUGCUGGCCAAAGAGGAGUACAAGCUCAGCUCGCUGAUGGAGGAAUCUCUGCUCCGAGACAAACUGACCCCCAUCCUGAUCCAGCCUCACCUCCAGGCCAUGGACCGCAGGCUCCGGCUGGUCCUGCAGGUUCUGGCAGGCUGCAUAGAGAAAGAAGGCUAUGUUAAUGUGGUGGAGGAGGAUCUAGUCGGGGACACAACCACCCACAGGAGCCCAGGCCACAGGUAGUGAGGGCAACACUUGAUGCAGCCACUAAUACAAGAUAAUGGACGUCUGUGGCUUUAAAGCAACGGGAAAGAAGAGUCCCACUUCUGCUAUCAAGCUGAAUUCAGUGAAUUCCAAGACUUGCCGUUAUUGCCUCUAUGGAACCUGCUUAUAAGUGUGUUUAUAAAGACUGUCCACAGACACCAAGAGAGACGGUGCUACACAGAGGCUUUCUUAGAGACAGAUGUGUUUUGCUCUUUUCACGUUACGUGAAUCAUAAAGGAGCCAGUCCUGUUUGUUUUAAACACAGAGGGUACCAGUUUGUUUUAUGGGUUUUAUCAUAUUAGAACAUAACCAAAUGAGAACUCACACUGACUAAGCAGCAUACGGUCAGACAAUAAGCUUUAUUAUCAGCCACCACAAUGUAUGAAAAGGUUGAAAAGUUGUGCGGAAGAUGAUUUCUUUUUUGUCAAACAUGUCACUUCCUCAGUUUUCGACUUCUACAAUCAGCAAAAAUAAUCUACAGCCAGGAGAGAAACAAAACAGUGUGUUUUGUUUAUCUUAUAAGCUUUUUGUUUUAGCACAGACCUACAACCGACCGACUGAAAAUGUUGGCAUAAACUUCUGAGCAGCAUAAUCUCAUGUUGUACUACAAACAUCACCUUCACUUUGCCUUAUUGUUGUUGUUUUUUAUCAUUUCCCAUCUCUCCUGCAAAUCUGGCUUUCUCUACAUGCAGUACAACGACACAAUGUUAAAAUCUGAUUUCUCAAACCAAAAAUACUUAAACUGCAAAGCCUGGAGACCAGCAUGCUAAUUAGUGUUCAUCAAACGGUUUGAAUGCACUAUCAUUCUGACAUAAAAGUCUGCCACAUUUACAGCUGUCUAUUUAUACAAUGCAAAAAGUCACAGUUUGUAUAUUGAGUCAUAUUUUAUUUCAUGUCCUAAUGACUAUUUAUUGGGAAUUUGAGUGUUUUAACAGGUUCUGGUUUUUGUUUUUGCUCCAUUUGUUGGGGAAUAUUUACAUUAGGUACCUCAGCAUUUGGAUCCUAUUUAAAUUGACAUUCCUCUGGGUACUUCAUGUUUGGGUUAUAGAAAAACGACAAAACUUCUGGACAUCAAGUUGUUGAAAUGGUGCCAUGCAGUUUUUCCUCCUGAGAGUCCUGUGCACUGGCUAACCCGGUACCUGUGCAAUGACAGAAUACAGUACUUGAAUGUUUUUGGGUUUGCAGUGUGGACAGGAUUCAUAGAGCUACAAACAGUGUAAAGCCAGAGAGGCUGGAUUCAAGUCUGAGAAGUGCUUUUAGGGUGAUAAAGAGGUUAGAAUGCCUCAUCUCCUUACAGGGAAAACCUCUGGCACUGUUUUCAUAAUCUCAGUGUAAAUAAUUCUAAAUAUGUUGAAGACCUAACAAGCUUCACUGCACAGUGAUUUGCUUCUGUUUUCUGCUUAUUGCAUUGUUACUGUGAAGAUCUGUUUACUAAAUGAUUAAAGUGUGCAAUAAAAACAAAAGUGAGCACAAUCUCA